AUGGCGAGCAAAGACGAGAAAAAGUGUGAUUCAACGAAAUCAGAUACAGCAGCAGAGGAAGGAGUGGAUAUGAUCAGUGAUUUACCUGAUGGCGUAAUUUGUCACAUACUUUCGUUUCUUCCAACCAUUGAUGCGAUGAAGACCAGUGUUCUGUCCAGCAGAUGGAGAUAUCUUUGGACCUCGGUCUUUACUCUUCGGUUUUAUGAUUAUAAUUUUUAUCGUGAGCCUCCUAUGUUGCACGAAGAGAAAGAAGAAGUUAUUAGCAAUAUCUUCGCUGGACGAAGAGUAAAAAGCAUAAAACGCCUUUCUAUCAUGGGAGCAUCUAGAAAUACCUUGUCCCCAGUCAUGGUAUCAACAUUGCUUUCCGAAGCCGUGUCCCAAAAAGUUGAGGAGAUAAACUUCCACUACCGAAUGUAUCUUCCGUUUUAUACUCUUCCCAACUCACUUCUCACUUGCCAAACCCUCAAAUCCCUCAAACUAUCAUUCCGUUUCCAAAUGUUUUUAAACCCCAUGUUAUCCAUUCGUCUUCCUUCACUCAAGCUUUUGCAUCUUAUUCUAUUUAAAGAUUCAGGAUGCAUGGCGUGGUUUAUACGUGGCUGUCCAGCCCUUGAAGAGCUUCUCUAUAAGGAUCUGUUUAUCAUUAAAAACCAAUGUUCUCGUUAUUAUAUGAAAAACAUAACUUUUCCUUAUUAUCUCAAAAAGCUAAACCAUGAUCAGUAUCUUGAUAAAAAAAGGGAGCAUAUUGACUCUCUUCACCCUCCCACUCAAGUUGGUAACAUGCCUGAUUUGGUACAAGCAGUUGUUAAUGUCAAAUUUGGAGAAGAAUGUGCGUCUAUGUUUUUCAAUGUGAUUCGUCAGACUAGAUUUUUGACGCUUUCUUGCCAUACAAUCAAGACCAUGCUCAUGCCUUCUGUUGGCGUUGGAUUUCCAGAAUUUCUCAAUUUGGUUCAUCUACAUAUUUGUUUAUGCAACAUUAGAUUUGAUUUUCUAAUUAAAUUACUUGCAAAAUGCCCCAUACUUGGAAGUCUUGAAAUUUUUCAUAACGAGCUACCUUACUCCUCUAUCUCAUUCGUAUUUGAUGAUUGGGAAAGUUGUACAUACUCAUCUGAUAACUCUGAACAUCGUGAAGUAGAAGCAGAGUGGACACGUUUAACAAGACCAAUUACUUGUCUUAGCUCGCACCUUACCGCGUUUACAUUUAGAGGAUGUGGUCUCUCCCAAGAUGAUCUGCAAUUUAUCAAGUUUAUUUUAGAAAAUGCAAAGGAGAUUCUAGGAAAUAAAAUUCUUUCCAACCAGUCAAUAUUAGCACUUCUAGAUGGAGGUUUUGUUCUGGAUUAG